AUGUCCACGACCCUUUUCGACGAUAUUUUCCAGGUCACCGAGGUGGACCAAGGCCGCUACAACAAGGUUUCGCGGAUCGAAGCCCACUCCACGUCGCAAGAGUUCCAGCUGACCCUGGACGUCAACACCGAAUUGUUCCCUAUCCGCGCCAAUGACAACUUGACGGUGAUGCUGUCGUCGAGCCUGUCCCUGGACGGCUCCGAAAUGGCGCAGGGUGGCUCGUGGAGAGCUCCCCAGGCCGGCGAGCGGUCGCUGGCCGAUGACUACGACUACGUGAUGUACGGCACGGCCUACCGGUUCGAGGAGGUGGCCGGCAAAAAAGACCUGAUUGCCGUGCACUACUCGUUUGGUGGGCUUUUGAUGCGUUUGGAAGGGAACUACCGUGGCCUCAGCAACCUGAAACAGGAAAACGCUUACCUGUUGAUCCGCCGCUGA